CCCACCUCACCCACCCACCCAACUUCAUGCGUAACCAGGCGAAUGCAAAUUUCCGUGAGUGACUACACGAUCUGAGAACAGCCGCAGGACCGAUAUCGUCGCUUCGCAUGUGUAAGAACCCUGUCAAAUCCUAAGGACAAACAAUAAUCGCUCUUGCCACUCCGCCAUGGAGGGUAAAAGGAAGUGGAAACUGUUGGUGCCAUUUAUUAUCAUCAUCUUCUUCAUCUUGGGUUUCACAUCCCGAUUCCAGGUUGGACAUCUUGGCUUCCUGCACUUGCCCCAGGUGACCCAGCUCAGCCCAGAGCUUCACCCAAAAAGUCCCACGUGUGCUCCUGACACGUACCGAGAAUCCAUGCCAGACGUGCGAUUCCACAGGGUUGGCUCCACAAAGAUUCUCGCAUUCUCGGCAUACCUGGAUGUUCGCGAAGACAGCCACGACCUGAUCCGCGUCUUCGCCCUGGCCCCGACCAGAACGCUGGAUGAGCACGUGGCAAUUGCCUGCAGGAUGGUCUACUGGCAAGAGGAGCCUUCGCCGCGGUGCGCCAAUGUGAGUGCGGAGGCCACCAUGCUGAGCAACCACUACUCCUUCGAGUACGCCGUCUUCAACUUCCUGUGCCGCAUUCCCAAAGGAGUAACUCCUCCGAGUCAUGUUGUUCUAGUGGUCAUGGGGCAAGACGAUGACACCUCUACCUCCACCUCCUCGGUGCUGAUGCCUGUGCAGAACCGCGAGCCCUCUCUGCCUGAGCAGCACUUUGGCGUAUGCCUUCCCGCCUUCUUCAACAGCUUUAACAACGUGCUGCUGUUUGUGCAGAGCAUGGAGUGUUACCGGCUGCUGGGAGCUAGCUUUGUCACCGUCUACAACUCAAGUGUGAGCCCACAGAUGGAUGCAGUGCUGCGCCAUUACAUGCGCUCAGGCUUCGUGAACGUGCUGCAGUGGCCCAUCACUGACUUCCUAAAACCGUCCACUGGUUGGAACAUCAAUGUCGACCCGGGCGAUUUGCACUACUACGGGCAGAUUGCUACCAUGAACGACUGCAUGUACAGGAACAUGUACCGGGCGCGGUACUUGACUAUGCAUGACGUGGAUGAGAUUGUAGUUCCCAGGAAGUGGUACAACUGGACCCAGAUGAUGGAGGAAUUGGACGAGCCCACAAUAUCCGCAUACUACUUCCGCAUGCACAACUUCCCUGUGGUGGAGACGGCUUUGUGGACCUCGCGCUCCGGCUACCGAGCCCAAGGCACCAACAUCCUGGAUCACGUGGUGAAGGUUACCUACCCCCCCAAUGAGUUGGCCAGCAAGACGAUCGUGCAGCCAAGGGGUGUCCAGUUUCACGAUGUCCACCAGGUCCUAGCUCUCAGGCCAGGCUAUGGAAUCAAGAGAGUGCAGGAUUCCGAGGCUGUGGUGCAGCACUACAAGUCGUGGAAGAAGAUAUGGAACUACCCCAGUAGCUCCGAGCUGAUACAAGACACGAACCUGCUCAAGUACUCCGAGGUGAUUGAGAAGAGGGCAAAGCAGGUGCUGGACACCCUGGGGAAACUUUGAACAAAGUGCAUGAUGGAAAGAGUGAGGUCACUGGGGAAUUCAGGGAAAAUAACAACGCCGGGUUUGAAGGAAUAUAUGCAUAUGCAAGUGAAACAACAAAUAAAGGCAAAAUAUAAAUUUAUUUUAUCAGGUAAAGUCCACUGAGCUGUAUAGAUCUUUGUCAGAAGGAACCUGGCUAUCACAAAUAAAAGCUCAACGAAGUGGCUUAUUACGUUGAAAUUUAUAGCAACCAAAUAUUCAAAAUGCAUGUUUCUAAAACUUGGUGGACUUGGUGAAAAAUCCAGAUGAUCACGGGCAGCACAUGCAAACUCCAAAUAUACAGCAGGCAUCAGGGUCGGGAUCGAACCCACAAAACCCUGCAUAUCAGGUGAGGUCGUCAACAUCUUGCCACCUAGGCACUGUAAUACGAAAGUACAGGUACUCCUUUACAUACAAACGAGUUAGGUUCCAGAGGUUUGUUCGUAAGUUGAUUUUUUUGUAAGUCCAAUUUUACUCCUGUUAAUUUCAAACAUGUUAUACGGCAUGUAAACUAAACACGGGGAAUGGCUUUUAAAUUUGUAUACUCUCUUGUAGAUGUAGAUGCCACUGUUUUUUAUGUUCUGCAGAUGUAGAUGCCACCACCAUCUAUUGCACGGCGGUUGAACUUAUGACUCUGAAAUUUUGUUAGUAGAAUGUUUGCGUGGUGAUGCCUGAAGGGGCGUUUUUUGCCCCAAUAUCGUCUUGUGGAUUGUAAAUCGAGGAUAAUUUUAUGGAUUCUCCUUAGUCGAUCCAGCAGUCAUCUUAAAGUCGAUCGGGCAGCCUUCAUGAAAAAAAAUAGUUUUAAUGUUAGACUAGUUCAUUAUUAUACUUUGGGUCUUUCGCCAGGGCAAAGGUUUUCAAUAAAUCUUAUAAAUCACCUGAAGUGAUUUUUUUACAAUGUGGAUCUACAUACAUGGCUAUUAAUUAAUUUAUUUAUUUACAGGUGACCCCUGAAUUAUGACCAUUCUACUUGCGACCCCCCGCUUUUACGGCAUUUCUUAUCUUAAUUAAGACUCCCACGGUAACGACCAAAACUCGUAUCUACAACCGCCUAACGACUGCUACCGACGCUGCUUUGUUAUCUUGCCGUAUGCGUAUGUACAGUAUAGCCCGACAGUCUGCAGCUGCUCCAUGAGUGAACACAACAUCUCUUUCCCAACGCCCUUCACUUUGUAAACUCUCUUCAAAUUUAGAAGUUUCGCCUUUUGCUACAUCUGGGAAUAGGAGAUGUGAUGCACAUGCAGAAAAAGUACUUACGGAUUUUCAAAUAAGUUUGUUUUUACUUAGUAAAUGUUCGUUAGGGUUAUUUCUUUUAUUUUCGUGGUUAAUUUUGGUAUUUGUAUGGUAUAUAAUGGGUUUCCAGGAACGGAACCCCAAUUUAUAACAUUGCGCCUAUGGGAAAUAAGGGUUCGACUUAUAGCGGCUCGACUUGCGACCGUUGUCCAGGAACCAAUUAGAUCAUAGGUGCGGGGUCGCUUGUAUAUAGAAUACAUUCUGCGGUUCACGGAGCAUACAAAAUGACGGUAUUUUGACGUUUUAAAAAAAUAUAUAUAUAUAAUGUCUAAUCGAUCAGACUGCUAUAUAAAGUCGCAGUGUAAAAAUGUCCGUUUUAUGCUCAUGAAGAAAUCGUAUGCUCAUGUUUGCUUUUAUAAUCGCUACGAUUCAGUGUAUUACAAUAUGCUACUUUAUAUUUUGAUUUAAAGCUUUCGUGACUGCAGUGAUUCAUAUUCUUGGUUCUUUCGGUAAAGUCACAUAGAAGGGAAACAAUGAAAUGAUACAAAUAUUUAUAUUUAACUUGAUUCAGUGAGUGUCAGAUCUUCUAUUAAAGUUAAUUUGAUUACAUACCAGA